UACAAGGUAACCGCACUACUGUUACGGGCCUGCGGAUAUGCAUAAAGUAUUGGCGACAACAAGGCUGAUUGAACUGAGACGUCACAAGUGACCCGGUAUGGAUAGUCGAUAUCAUGAAUACAUGUCGAAUAUAGAACCUCUCAUUACUUUUAACUGUAUGAAACCAAUUCGAAACCACGUUGGUCUGGUAUUUUAUGUUACAUUACGUGUCGUCCGUGGUGUAUAUAGAACAAUUGCCGUUGAUUUCCGAACAGGAAGUAGCUUUAGUAAAAGUGAGGAGUGGGGCAAGCUUGCCAGGUUGAAUUUGGAAGGGAUCUAGACAGCUGGACAAGAUUCGAAGAGGAUGGAGAAUACUUGCAGCGAUAUCAUUCAUCACGUCCAAGAUGUUACCUACUUGUGGGCAAUCGAACCUAUGGUGGCUGUGACAGAAAACGUACCCGAAUCCGUAAGAUAGAUACGUAUACUAAUGAAAGUCAACUCUGGAAAAAAGUUAUCACCAAGCGAGUAAACAUACAGAAAUGAAGAGAAGUCACCUAAACAGAUGUUUCAUCUUGCUUGUAAUCGCCGGUCUAGCAUUGUUGUUCAUAAUGCACAACAGAACAUCCCUAAAAGCAUUCCAAGGAAACAUGUUAUUUAAACCGCAAGGGAAUGUGCAGCAUAGAAUGAUUGUGAAGGAAGAUGAGGAUACUUUUGAAAAAAGACGGGACCAUCUACUUGAAGUCUGCAACUCUAGUUUCGUUAAUGAAACGGGUCAAAUAUUUCAGUAUGUGAAAAGCAAGUACCUCUUGUACGAUUCUAAACAUAACUUUGUCUUCUGUAUGGUACAGAAAGUAGGCUGCACAUUCUGGCGACGAGUAUUCUAUUCAUUGAAACACAAGGAAACUUCAAAUAUAUAUUCCAUCAAUAAUCUUAAAGUCCAUGAUGAACAUAUUCCUACCUUAGGGCAGUUCGAUGUCAUUAAAGCCAAACGUGUUUUAAGAUCAGCAACAACGGCAAUGUUUGUUAGAGAACCUUACGAACGUGCUUUUUCUGGAUACUUAGAUAAGCUUCACACAUUAAAUCCUUAUUAUAUGAAAAGUCUUGGGAGGCCUAUCAUAAAAAUGAUGAGGAAACAUGCAACAACAAAAAGUUUAAACUGUGGUCAUGAUGCGACAUUCACGGAACUGAUACGAUAUUUAGUGAAACAGAAAAGAAAUGGUCAGCUACUAAACAUCGAUCACCAUUUCUCACCUAUAUACACUCACUGCUUACCUUGCGAUAUCAAAUACGAUUUUAUAGGUAAAAUGGAAUCUUUUGACGAAGAUACGUCAUAUGUGAUGAGUAAAACCAACAUGUUUCAGAAUAAAUCAAUUUCAAUGUCAAAAAAUGCCUCUAUAAUAGAUGACCUAUACACUAAGAUGAUAGAUGCGUUUAACGCUCAGAAAACAAUGUCAGAUUGUAUGACCUUGAGAGAGAUGUAUGGUCGUGUUUGGAGGACACUCCAACUUCGUGGCUUAGUGAACCCGGAUGUACCAAUGCCCGAUUCUCAAAACAUUACCUUGGAUAUGAUGCACCGCGAGGCGGUCAAGGUCAGUGACCCAUCACGUGUGUUAGAGUACAAACACAAAGGGUUUGUUGAGAUGUAUAAAACUGUGGACAGACAUUUACUGCUAGAGUUUAGGGAGUACGUUCUGAAAGACUGUAAACUGUUCGGAUAUGACGAUAAACCUCCAGAUCUGUUUUCAUGGCAACGAUAAGAUAUAUGUGUGUUCGAUAUCUGUUAUGGUAUUGUGAGAAAACAGGUAAGACUAACCUAAAUGUUUUUUAUGCUAUCCUUGUAUAUCCCUUUUUUGCCAACUUAGUAUUAUAUCGGCGUAUGUAGCGGUUACAUCACUGGUGUAGUCUAUUUGCUUACUCGGUUGUUUGCUUUCGAGACGACCGUAUUUCGGUGAGUCGCCGGAUAUUGAAAUGCACAGAGAUCGGCAAGAAAGACAGCCAUACUAGGAGGGAAAUUAUCCCUACUCAAGCGCUGACCAGCAGUGCUUUUUUUUCUUUAUUUUUUUAAUGCUGAAUCUUGUUUUAUUCCCCCUACCGUUAGUAAAAGUACAUUCUGACAGUUUGUCCCUGAUUUGGAGCAUGUGCAAGUCUACGUAUUGACGUUUUGUAAAAGAAUAUAUUCCUUCAUUGAAGGACAAUCAUACAGCAUGUUGGUGUACACUGAUAGUUCAAUUUAGCCAAAUUAUGAAGAAACAAAACACAAAAACAUAUUUCAAAUGUCAUGUUUCAUUUUUUGUUAAUGAAUUCAUACGUUUAGGCAUUAAAUUUUCUGACGCGUCAUCGCGGAAGAAUAAUGUCUAGACCCGGUGCGCAGGCUCAGCUGCGAGUCUAUUAUAGCCAUCUUUUUACAAGCUCGAAGUUGAUCAUGAGAGUCGCUAAAUUUCGAGGUUAUAUAUCUUCUUGAAUUCGAAGCUGCAGUAAUUGAAUGGACGAACCAAUUUGACAUGGCAGUUGGCUGUUUGACUGCAUUUCAUACAUGACGUGACCACAUGGAUGUGUGAUCGAUUUGUACCGGGGGAGGCAGAAUGGGUAGUUGGAGGGAUACUUUAUAGGGCAAUCAUGAAUUGUCUCCAACGCUAGCAACAUCUGAUAAUAUUUUGCUGAUUGACAGUUUUUGGUUGCUAAAACAAUUUCUUGUUUUGCUUCUGCAAAUAGAUAUCUCCCUUAGCAAAAUCAGAAAAUAUGUAUUCAUACGCACAGACGAUGUUGAAACAGGUAACAUUUGGUAAUUACGUUGAAUCUAACUUGAGUCGAAAUUGAAAUAUAAAUAGAUAACAUGUAUAGGUCUGAUACAGAGUUCCAGAAGUGUUGAAUUUACCUUAAUUAAUAACUGGUGUAGUUGAUUUAGCAAGUUUUAUGAGUAUAAGCUUGAUACGGAUUGUAUUAAUUUCUAUUAGUUGUGUAUAAUGUCAAAUAUUAACAAUGAAAGACGCCUAAUAUAACUUAUAUUGAUAAUGGAAAUUUGGAUGUAUACAUAUGUUACUAUGGAAUGGGUACAAUAUAAUUAGGGUACGAUAGUUAGAUAUAGCUGUUUAUGUCGUUACAGCUCUAACCCUUGGUGUGAGGGCAGAUAGACAUUGGUGAUCUAGCAUAGACAAGUAACCAUAGUGACCAGUCCUAUGUGGGCAACUAUUUAAAAGAUGUCCUAUGCGGGCAACUGUAUACAUGUAUUGACAUAGUCCUGUGUAGGCAAGAUGAACUGUCAAAGAUGGUACCCCCAGGGUCAAUUAAGCUGUCUAGAGCUGUUGUGCAGUACCCUAUGAUUUGUAUUUUGUUCAAUCUGCAUGUAUGAAUAUGUAUGUGUAUGAUAGAUGUGAGACAGUUGUACAA